AUGGCAAGCGAAGUUGAUAUAACAGAACACAGAAACCAUAUACAAGAAAGUUUUCUUCGUUUCCUCUCGCACUUUCCACUCCGUAUUAGUAAAUCCUUAUAUAAAAAUCCGGAUAUUGAUGACCCGAUACUGUAUAUUUGGGGACCAGGGUGGGAAGGAAGUCAACAAAAGGCUUCUUUCGACCAAGAAUGUUUACAGUGGCAGACGUUUUUAUUGUUUAACAAAAUUGAUUUUAAAGUGAAAAAUGUGAACGAGCCUCUCAUAUCACCGUCAGGCAAGCUUCCCCUUUUGUAUACUUCGCCUGGUGAUAUUUUUACCUCUGAUAAAAUCCCCGAAUUUAUUAAAAAUAAACAGAGACCAGAAGAUGAUACGGAAGCUUCUACACCAGAUCCAGAGACACCUUUCAUCUGCCUAGCAGACACGAAACUGCGUAAUGCUUUGCUCUUUUACUUGUGGUGUGAACCUGCCAAUUACGAAAAAGUGACAUUUCAUAAAUACGGUGGUCAUUACCCGAAACCACUAGACACUAUUCUCAUGUAUAAAGCGAGAAAAGCUGUAAUAGGUGAUUUGUUGACUAGAAAACCCAUUUUGAACGCUAAUGAGAUAUAUGAAGAAGCGGAUGAGGCAUUAAAAGCUUUCUCUGUCGAGUUAGAAGAUAGUAAAUACUUUUUCGGAUCUAGAAGUUCACCAAAAUUGAUUGAUGCCGUCGUAUUCUCCUACAUCUACACUAUACUUUCGAUUCCUGUCACAUCAUCUGACAAGGAGCUACAUGAACUCGUCCACAAGUAUAAGAAUUUGUAA